AUGCCCGGGAAUGGUGAGAUGCAAAAUAGUUGGUGUUGGUUCCUAAUUGGAACAGAAGUCAUUUCCAUCAAUCACUGUUCUCAUGGCCGUCGUGGCCGCCUUGCCAUCCGGAGACUUGGGAGUAUCGCUGAGACGAAUGGAAUGCGCAGUUCUGAAAUGGAGACCCGGAUGAAAGCUAUGCCAGCGCUGGCAGGCAAACUACCAAGUGAGCGUUGUGAAAAGCCUGGUGCAUGCCGAUCCCUUCGCUCACAGCAAUCUGGAAGUAGUUCCCCGGUACAGACCCUUGCCAAACCGCGUUUGGUGGCUCAGAAUCGGGUGUACAUCAAUGGGCAGAGGGCGCAAGAUGAACAUGCAAUGGUUGGCAAUGCGGACACUGUGACGAUCCUACAAAAAUCCAGGACCAGCAUCACCCACGUGGAGGUUCCACCACGAUGCGAGUACUACUUUAAAGUCUACAAACCCUAUGGUGUGAUUUGUUCGCAUGCUCGGGAUGUACCUGAUGCGCCCAUUGUUUCCGACCUCUACCCACCGGGGGCAGAAGAAUGCCACAAUGUGGGGAGACUGGACCGCAACAGUGAGGGGCUCCUGCUCUUUACCUCGGAUGGCUUCUUCACGAGGUCUGCGUCAAUGCCGGAAACGCAUGUCGAAAAGGAAUACAUGGCCAAAGUGUCCAUGCUGGAAGAUGAUGAAAAAAGUGUCCCUUUCCAAUGCGGUGAUCAGAUUUUGCGGCGUCUUUUAGAUGGCGUCGACUUGGGCGAUGGCAAAGGCCUCGCCAUUGCGCAGUCUGUGGAGGUCAUGAGCUGCGCUGCGACUGGGGCGACUCUGCGGCUUGUGGUGUCCUCCGGGCGCUAUCACCUGGUGCGUCGGAUGUUGGCGGCUGUGGGUUAUCGAUGUGAUCGGUUGCUUCGCACGCGCAUCGGUGGCAUCGUCGGGAUUCCGCGGGCCAAAGCAGAGGAACAUCUCGCAGCACCUGCGGAGGAAAGCACGAGAGCCCCAGCGCAGUUGGGAGACCCCAUGGAUCUGCAACCGGGUCAGUACGCCCCUCUUGCGGAAGAAGAGGUGGCAAACGUCUACCUCAAAGGGGUUGAAUGGCUUGAGCUUUAUCAUCCGCAACAGAAGUCGCGCAGCCAUGGGGUGAUGCCACGACGUUCCAAAUUCUCCUCGCUGAGCCGCCGAAGGGAGUUGUCGCAGGUGCUGUGUGCCAUCACAGCGCGGAAGAGUGCAACUCCACGGGAGCCAGAGGAGUUUUCUAGAGUUCUUCACACCUUUGGCACCGACACAUCCAAUUGGGAAGAGCGCCGUUGCGUCAGCAGGGAUGCUGUUCGAGACCCUUUCACAUCUCCUUUCAAACACUCCGGUCGCAAUCCUGAGGAGGAGUUGGGCAUAAACCUGGCCAAGCGCGAGCCGAUUGUGGGGCGGAGGCUCUCAAACUCCGAGGUGCUUGCCCGAGCUCGGCGGGUGAUUAUUUCGGCCAAGGUUCAUCGUGACAUGACUUGGGACAAAGUCUUCGCUGCAGCUGACAUGGACAAGUCCGGAUCUCUAGAUGUGAAGGAAAUGAAGCAGGCCAUGCGAUCGGCUCUGCGAAUUUCUCCACAGACCCUGCCGGACUAUGACCUGCAUAUGCUGUUCGAUGCCAUUGACCACGACAAUAGCGGCUCUGUUGAAUUGACGGAGCUUCUUGAGUAUGUGUCUCACGGUGCUCGACGGGCCAACGAUGCAGAGGAACUCUUCCGGAAGAAAACCGCCAGGGUCCGGCGGAAUCUGAACUUGGCAUUCCGGAAAUACACAGCAUCUCAUGCUGCCAUCAAUGAGUUGUUUGCUAACAUAGAUGCUGGCGGAGAUGGCAAGAUCUCCUUGGUGGAGUUUAUGUACUUCGCGCGGAUGCAUUUAAAGCUCUCGCUCUAUGAUGUUGGAGAUAUGGAGCUGAAACAGUUCUACAAAGGCAUGGAUCCGGAUGGUGAUGGAGUGGAUACCGACGAGCUGUUCAAGUUCAUCAAGGAACAGCAUGCAGAGCUUUCCGGAAGACAGGUCUUCUCCUUCAUUGAGAAGGGAGAAGGCCGCAGGAAGGAACCAUGGAAGCAACGUAAUCCCUUUGAGGGACGCUCAAACACGUCCCCCAGUAGCGUCUUUGUGAACCUGGGGCGAAUCAAAGCCCCUCACAUGCGACUUGCUAUCUCUUGA